CCCUUCAAAAGCUUUCGUCCUUGCCUCUUCAGCCAGACUCUUCAGGAACAUCAGCGUCGCCAGCUCGAGCUGAAACGCAAACAAGAAUAUCCGGUCAUUUCCAGAAAGGACGUUUUGAAUCUAUUUCUAGUUCGAAUGCGUUGUGCCUGAAGUUUUGAAACGAUGAAUUCCGCACUGGCCUAACAGAGCUACUGUUUACAUACCAUCGCCGCCGUAGCUGGUCUCACUUUGGCGUUACUCUUCAUUUUCGAUUUAAGAGAAGCUGUUAAAUUCGGAGCCUUUUGCCACAUUUCUGAUGAAUUGUCGCUGCUUUGUAUGUAAACGGCUUGUGUACAACUUUCAACGUCCCGCCUCCAGUUACAGUACGCUCUUCUUCGUCUUUUUCAUGGUGUCGUCACCCGUCAUUACGCUCACUUGCGCCACCCUUUGAUCGGUAGUGGAAUUACUCGUGUUUGACUAAAAGGCUAUUCAAAAAGUACAGUGAAAUAAAAAAGGACCUCCUGAUCAGUUUAGAACGUUUCAACUUAUUGGGUCGAUAACAUUGAUUUGAACAACAUUUUUCAUGUAAAAACUUACAACGUUACAGCGUAUAACACCCCCAUCAGCAGGUGGCGCAAUUUAAUGCACGAUCAAAACAGAAGAAGAGUGUCAUGGCUGCCGCCGUGGAUUAUACCAACAUGCUGCGAUUUAUGAAACUUGUGGGCCAACUUAAAGUGAGAUUUUGCCUUUAAUAACUAAAAGAAUAAGUCUCGUAAUUAAGUUCAAUAUGAACGGAUGUAAUGCAGGAAUGACAGCCCAGAAUGAAUGGACAUUAUAUUGUUUACCACCGUCUUAAAAUGGUCUGCUUUAGUUAUUACAUUAGCUAUUUAUAUGAGAAUAAAAAAAAAAAAAUCAUGUUUUACGGAAAUAAGUAGGAGACUUUCGUAGGAUCUAAGAUAAGGUGGUUGGGUAGAUGGAUGAUUAUUUGCAUUUAUAACGAGUGUAAAAGAAAAGAAAACACUCACAUAUUGCGUGUUCUGUUGCAGAGGGUCCCCAGGACUGGGUGGGUGUAUCGGGGUGUAAAGGACCCAGAGAGUGUGUCUGAUCACAUGUACCGGAUGGCCAUGAUGUCUCUCACGAUCACAGACCCAACAGUGGACAAGAACAGGUGUAUAAAGCUGGCACUGGUUCACGAUCUGGCAGAGAGCAUUGUGGGAGACAUCGCUCCAACCGACAACGUCAGUAAAGAGGAGAAACACAGACGAGAAGAGGAGGCGAUGAGACAUAUCUCAGCUCUUCUGCCAGACGGGCUCCAGCAGGAGAUUUAUGGACUGUGGGAGGAGUUCGAAAACCAGAGCAGUGAAGAGGCCCGACUGGUCAAACAGUUCGACCUCCUUGAUAUGAUCCUGCAGGCGCACGAGUAUGAGGAGCUGGAGGGGGCGCCAGGGAGGCUGCAGGAGUUCUUUGACUCAACCAAUGGUCGCUUUCAGCACCCAGAUGUUCUCAAACUUGUAGCGUCACUAAAUGACGAGCGGCAACGAUGCAUGGCAGCGGGAGCAAAGGAUUGUGGGAACUCAGAAGGGGAUGCUGCGUCUUCAAAACCAGGUCCCAGAUCUUGACCGAAGCACACCUCCAACCUCAUUCAGUGACUUCUAUCUUGUUCAAUGUUUUAAUAGGAAUUAUCUGAGACGCAAGUUAGAAAAUCUUUAAAUGUUUUCACUCUUGUCAAAAAAUAAAAUAUGUGUACUUCUGCUUUAUUGAGACUGGCUAUUCCGUCUGACGAUAAAAUCAUGUUUACCGACGCUAUUUAUUUCACAGCAUCAGUAAGUUUCGGUUCUCAUUUCAACUUUAGUGUAUUUUUAUAGUGACAAAAAAUAACGCGGGAAUUUUUGGUAAACAUAGCACUUCAUGUUUGGUCUAGAAACAGGUCUUUUAUCAUUGCUAUUAAAAUGGACAAUAUUAAA